UGUUUAAAGCGUUUCUGAGUCUAAAGCGUUAACGGCUCACACAGCAGAUGAUAGUGUGGCAUCAACGGCAAUCGACUUGUCUGUCUGCCUCCCCAGAGAGUGCGUGAUACCACCUUCUUACCUCAGCUGGAUUCAACGUUUCGUGGGCUUGGAUGUAGACAAAAAACGCUUCAAACAUGGUUUUCAUGGCAAUACGUUGUCAUGGAGAGGAAGGUCUUGGGGUGAGCCACCAUGUUUAAAGCCACGUACAACCUGACAUUCGGGACAAACAAAGUGGGAGAUACACUAGCCAACGGGAUUCCAGGACAACACAUUUCGGGGAUGCCGAACACGAAAGUUUCGAUGAGGAGCGGAGGCAGGAACAUUUUGCAAAUUCAAGGACGGCCGAGGAGUCUUGAUUCAGGAUAUCCACCAGACUAUAAUGCUAAGCCGAGGCCUUUUCUUGCACCUCAUGGGGGUGACAGUUCAGACAAUCAAGGAGUACGUCCAGUAUUGCCUCUGACCCAACCUAGUGGUGAUCAGGGGGCGGCCUUCAAUAAGAGCCCAAGACCUUUUCGAAAAACUGGAGAUGAUGGCACACAGACACCAAGGGCGACAUCAUACCCAAGUUACCCUACUCACAAAAAGUUAGGGGAUCCUGGGAGGAGUUAUUUACCAGAGAGAAAGAAUGUUGGUACUAGUUCCGCUCAGCCUACUUGGGGACAAAGGGAUCGUAGACAUGGGCCACCUAGUGGCUCCAGUGCUGAUCAUCUAGGCUCUGAUCUAAACCGGCAAGGUAUGAGGGACCGGAGUGCUGAAAAGUCCCCUGGACCUGAUAUGAUUCAUCAACCACCGCGGUCACCACUAAACAGAGAGUUAAGCCCUGGGAGUCCGAAACCGCCGUGGUCACCAAAUGCACGAGAGAGUAGCCCUUUGCGUCCUCCGCCCCCAAGAUCCCCCCGGAGAAAAGAUCCAAGUCCUGAUAGCCCCAAACCCCCAUGGUAUCCUGCUGAAAGAGGUCCAAGGGAAAGAAGCCCAAAAAAAGAACAACCAUUGGCAAAGUCUUCUGCUGGUAGGGAUACAAAAGAACGUAGCCCAACAAAAGAUCCACCAUGGUCAAAGCCAAGGGAGCCAAGUCCUAAGGAAGCACUGUCCCUAAGGUCAAAAUAUGGUCGCGGUACAAGCCCAGCAAAGGAGAACCGUCCACCCUGGAGUGCUGGGAGCAGAGAUAACAGGGAUAAGAGCCCAUCUAAAGAUCCCAGGCCGCCUUGGUCAGCUGGUGCCAGAGAUGUGAGCCCGAAGGAGAGGAGACCAUCUGCUGGGAGAGGUCAGAGCCCUGGAAAGGAACAUGCUUCUGUAGUAAGGGAUCCUAGCCCUAGAGGAAGGAGACCACAAUGGCCUAAUGACCCUCGAGAUCCAAGUCCAAGCAAAGAGCAGAGGUCACCUGGUGGGAGGGGACUGAGUCCAAAGAAGGAUAAACAGCAGUGGUCGCCUGGUGGGAGAGGGAGUAGUCCAGUGAAGGAGCAGCGGCCACCAUGGUCGCCAGGAGGUAGGGUUACUAGUCCUGUAAAAGAUGUUAGGCCACCUUGGAUGAUUCAGGCACAAGGGAAAGAUGACAGGGUAGACAAGCCUCGAAGUAGAGGCACAAGUCCUUCCAAGGACUAUAAACCACCAUGGGCACAACCUUCUCACGACAAAAGCCCUGGACUUUCUGCACCGGUGUCACAUCAGCCCCCAAAGUCACCUAGGACUAGAGGUCAAAGUCCUGCUAGGUCAAAUCAGGUCCGAGAUUUCAGGGGGCAGAGCCCAGCAAGACAUGAAAAACCACAGUGGUCUUAUCCUGGUGAAAGGGACAGCAGUCCACAGGAACAGAAGAAGAGGUAUCAGUCAGGAAGAGCGCAAAGUCCUGCCCAACUCCCGCCGGUAGGUCAGAGUUCACCAAGAAUGUCAAGGUCACAGAGGACAAAAGAUGUCCAAGAAGAGCGCACUAGGAAGUCGCCACAGAUAGUAUCGCCCAAACGUUCUCCACCACAGAAGAGUUUCUACAGGCAUGAUGAACAUGAUAGGAGGAUCUCUCCGCAGAGGGUGAUGCAUGCAUAUACCCACCCACCUGAGAGAGCUAGUUACAUUAUGCAAGAACCGGAACAUGCCAGCAGAGGGCAGCCGCAGUACUCAAGUGAUGAGAAACAGGCUGAUGAACAAUCUCGAAGGGGGCGUGAGAGAUCAAGGAGGGAACAACCAAGGUCACCACGAGCUGCAAAAAAGGAUAUACGCCAAGGAUUAAUGGAUGAGUCAAACCUCGAUGACUCGUUGUCUGAGCGUGAUGAUGAAGUUGAGAGAAUACUGUCGGGAAUCUUAGACACAACUGCAAUGUCCCAGAAGGAAAGGAAAGCUGGCUUCCAGUCUCAGGAUCAAAUUCGCAGUCAGGGUCAGGGUCAUGCGUUUGAGCCGUAUAAUCGCCAGGAUUCGUCUGAUUCAAAGUCAUCGCAGCCUCACUCUAACUUCUAUCAGAGUUUGCAAGUCCGCCCUGAUGUAGGUCAAAUCUCACGACAACACGUACCAUCCAGUCAGCAAAGUACAGCGCCACUGUCUGCCUCAGAACCAAAGAAAAUUCUUUUAAAAUCAGCUUCAAAUCCCGACCCCGUCUCUUUUGCUUCAGUUGAUGCUGAUCAAGUAGCUCCAUCUAGCCCUAAAGAACAACAACAGAGCCCACGGACAAGGCGCAGUGCUUUUGCCCGCUCGAAAACCUACCAAGCUGAAAUAGCAUCGGAUCAUGAAGUGACAGAAACAGCAGUUGCGGAACGGAAAAGAAGUUUAGAAUUGCAGAUUAAAUCUUCGCACAGUUUUGAUUCUUUGUCAUGCGAGCCAUUAUCGGUUCAUCAAAGCGAGGGGGAGUCUGCACCACCCAAAGUGCCUUUAGCGUAUAAGCCUGGUGCUACCGUGACUUUCAUAAAUGGGGUCCCAUGUGAAGCUAAGGCAACCCCUGUUAAAAGUCCAAGAGUCCGACGUCAGAGAGAUCAGCAGCGGCAACGCGCUAAAUCUCUGGACUCUGAAGUUUACCGUGAACGGAUCAAAGGUCAGGAAUCAGCUGGGGAAGAGGCAUAUCAGUCCGAUUCGAAAGUUUCUGAUUCAAAUGAUCGUUCACGCCAGAAUACACAAGAUCAGUCUGACAGUAAUAGGUAUUCAGGAACAUAUGAUAAUGUUCAUGGGAGUGAUUAUAAAGCACCCUCUGUGGCUAGUGAUAAAACUGAUGGCGGCAGUCACAGGUUGAUAGCGCCACCAGUGGCAAGUGAUAGUACUGAAGGUGCUCAGAGACUAUCGGAAUCAUUUGGGAACCCUGCAGUAUUCGUUGAGCAAAGUUACAGAGAUUCACGCGAUGAGGUGGGUCACGAUGGUUCCUUUUCACAUUUGCAACCACCAGAGGAGGCUCUGUCACGCACGAGCCCGUCAGUCCGUGAAAUGGCCAUGGAACGUGAAUCCGCCGAAGCUGCCUUCCAGCAGGAGGAGCAACAUGUGAGAAAGAAGAAACCGUACUCAUCACGGAAAAUGUCAAUGCCUGUCCAGAGUAGAGCGGAGAAAAUAGCCGUUCGUAAGCUGUCGCUUGAGGCUGCAGCAGACUUGCCGAGUGGGUCAGAUACGGAGGAAAGGUCAAGCAGAGCUACGCCCAUUCAGCCCCAAGUGCAAGAUUUGAUGGCCUUUAGGAUGCGGCCUUCAAAAUUCCGCCACGUUUUCGGAGAAGCGUACAAAAAAGACAAAUCCUACGAAAAUGUCCGCAUCACGAAGAACCAACACGACAGUAUGUUCUGCGCGGUCAAUCCCAAGUUUGUGGCGGUCGUCGUGGAGUCGGCAGGUGGAGGUGCAUUCCUUGUUCUACCAAUUAAACAGGUUGGUAGAAUAGACAUCAACGCCCCUAAAGUUUGCGGCCAUGCGGGAGCGGUGUUAGAUAUAAAAUGGAGUCCUUUCAACGACCAUCAGAUAGCAUCGUGUUCAGAUGAUGCGACGAUAAAAGUUUGGGAGGUUCCUGAAGAUGGUUUGCGGGAGAAUUUAACAGAAUGGAUCGUGGAUCUCCACGGCCAUCAACGCCGGAUAGGAUAUAUAGAGUGGCAUCCAACAGCUGAACAUAUACUACUUAGUGCUGGGUUUGAUUAUAAUGUAAUUCUCUGGAACAUAGAAACGGCUGAGCCAAUCAACAUAAUCACCUGCCACACCGACACGAUAUUCUCAAUCUCCUGGAACCGCAACGGAAGUUUGUUUGCUACGACCUCAAAAGAUAAGAAAAUACGUGUCAUAGAUCCCAGGUCUGGCAGUGUUGUUAGUGAAGGCCCGGGCCACGUCGGACCAAAAUCAUCAAAAGUCGUAUUUCUCGGAGAUUCCCAACGACUGUUCACGACUGGGUUUUCUCGUAUGAGUGAGAGACAGUUUGGGAUAUGGGACAUGAACGAUCUUUCCAAGCCUCUGAGAUUAGAGAGUAUAGACUCGUCAAGUGGUGUAUUACUCCCGUAUUAUGAUGUGGACAAUAAGGUCAUGUUUCUAGUAGGAAAGGGUGAUGGUAAUAUUAGGUAUUAUGAAAUAGUUGACGAGGCUCCGUACUGUCAUUUUCUCAGUGCGUACCUGAGUGGACAUCCUCAGAAAGGAUUUGGUGUGAUGCCAAAGCGGGGCGUCGAUCUAACAAAAUGCGAGAUAGUGAGAUUCUACAAGUUACUCAGUUCCAAGCCUCUCAUUGAGCCCAUCUCAAUGCGAGUCCCGCGCAAAUCAGAAAUGUUCCAAGAAGAUAUAUUCCCGCCGACAGCGAGUUCGAUACCAUCACUGUCAGCAAUGGAGUGGAUUAACGGUCAGAACCGGGACCCUAUACUAGUGUCUCUAAAGGACGGCGCCAUGCAACCUACAAAUACGCCCACCAUCACAACAUACAAGGCCGUCAGCCGGUCGUUACUCAAUAAUAAUGACACAGCGCCCCCACAGGAACCUACGGAAGCAAAUCACGUACCAGGAUCCGUGCAGAACAUUAAGAAAUUAUCAAUUGGUGGAGACACGAUUCCGAACUUGGAUGAGAUUCUUGACGGAAAGAUUUUGUACGAAGAUGACCCUAAAAGGAAACGGGAAAGUGUUCACGAAAGAAUAUCAGCAUUUGAAACGAAGGCGGAGCCAAUCCGACCAUCGCCACCUCCCAUGCUCGCGAACACAUCACCGCAGAUCAGCAUCGAGAAGAAAACUCCGCCCCCAAGUCACUGGCUGUCUGAGCUACCGCCAAAUGGGCUGCCGAAGUCGGACGGAGAGGCAAGCGCCACUGCCCCAGAAGACGCAGAAAUGACGACCACAGAGAAGCUUGAGGUUGUUGUCAAAUUGGCACCCGUUGCUGAAACUGGGGACAAGGUUGACGAAGAGGUACAAGUAGAUAAAGAGAGGGCACCACCAGUGUGGAUGUACAGUGCCAAGCCCUUCUCCUCCCAACAAUCAACAUACACGGUGCUGCAACCACAAUCUCCGUUCGAGGAAAAAAGUAUUGAAAUUAUCGACCAUACACCGCCCUUGCGGUCGACGGAAAGAAAACGUGUUUGGUCCGACAUGUCUGACGAAUAUGAAACGGACAUUUCGGCCUCGGAUAUAACCCGUGUCCGCACGGAAUCUGUCCGUGAAAUUAUUCAAAAAGUCGAGGAUGAUACGUUUUCAUAUGAGCCUCCUAGUCCUGUUAGCAAAGUUCACGUGAAAAAGGUCUGGACGCCAAAAUCUCCACAAGCCGAGGAACCACCGAUAGAGAAUGGACUGACACCAAAAACGGAUCCCGAGCUAAGAAAAGCCUACUUCCGCCAACUCGAAGAAAUUCACAGCCUCAAGGAACAAAUUAUGCUUAAAGACAAACGGAUUCGACAACUUGAGGAGGAACUUAAUGAUUUAAAAGACUGUGACAAUGAUAACACACCAAACCAAAGCAACUGUUGAAACACCCCUAUAUUCAUGUAAUGGUUGAACCAUUCCAAUGCAUUUUCUAUUGGCUGAUUUGGCCCAUUUUGUAACAUCAGGGUGAAUAGGUACACCAAGGUCGAAACGUAGUACCAGUUUGAAGUGAACUUGCAAUUUUAAAAGUUAAGGUUCAAUGAUGAUGGAUUCCUUGAAUAGUGGAAUAUUUUCACAAAGAGUUUUUAGGGAUAUUUUUGACCAAUGAAACAUGAUAUCUGCAUAUUUUGGAAAUGGUCGCCAAGUAAUACGACAUAGUUGCUAACCAUUUGAUGUUGCUAAGCAACAGUUGCCAUGAAUACCAGCACCUUUGAGGCGCUAUUGCCAACAAUGACUGCAGAAGAAAGGACUGCCACAAGGUGCCUUUUCCGAUGACUAAUAUCUAGAUUUAGCUGUUGUCAUAUGAAUGGUUGCCAAGGAGAUAACUGUUGUCAAGGAAUAGCUACCAAGGCUAGUGUUGUAUGACAGUUUCCAUGGAAACAUGUUGUCAAAUUGUCUUUAAAGCAUUAUUGCUUGUGCUCAUUUGCUAAGAAAUGGUAUCUCGAAGCUUGCAGUGUAAAAAAUAUUGAUCAUUGUGUGAGAAAUUUCAAGUUUUCAUUUAGCUAUUAGGGGUCCGCUUUCACACUGUGACCUUGACCCUUUAAUCUAACCUUGACCCCUGGAUCUGACCUUGAAACCUGAUCUCUGUAAGUCCUAACCUUUCCCAGGUUGUGUUUGAUGUGAAUUUCAGUGGUCCAAAAUGUGAUAGGGAUCAAUUCAGUGUUGUUAAUCAGCAAAUGUCUAGUUUAAUAUGAUGACUUCAGAAAAAUAUCAUGUUCAGUUUUCAUGUACCUCAAGUGUGCAUCCCUGAACCCUUUCCACAUGUGUCACAGGUGGAGCCCCCUGGUGGCAAAAGUGUAAACCAACUCCUGUAUUCUGAAUGAUUUUGGUUGAAUCGAUGUCUCCUUCGCCGAAGUGUUACUGAAAAUUGAAGCCACCUGGUGAUGAUUGUUUGAACUAGAAGUUAUGUGAGGCCACUUCGCAUAAAUGAGAAGUUGGUCUGCUUAUAUUGCACCACCUGUGGGGGAUUCUAUUAACUAUUAUGUGUGCAUAUUCUUUUUACCUAUAUAUGAAUAUACAAGCGUCUUGAAAGAUGUGUCUUUCUGUCGUUUGUCUUCAGGACAUACGAAGGUGACUAAAUUCUUUGAAAGCAACCGAUCCGUUUUGUAUUGGAUGCUAUUUAUAUGAGGAAAGACUUGAUAGGAUCGAGUCAUUGAUGUGCCGGUACAAAAUAUCGAUGUUUUGUACUGUAUUUAUUCAAAUGUGUAUCAUUGUAUUAUUGUGAAUUGGAGAAGUAGAUAGUGCUGCCAUCCUACAGCAAUCAACAGAACUGUGUUUGAGAGAUUUCAUGGUGAGCCCAGCCUGGGGAUGGUCCAUUUCGACCCCUAAGUCUUUGACAAAUUUAAAGAGUACCCCCAGUUCCGUGUUUAGGCUCUUCCAGUUAAUGCUUUAGACAAGUCCAUUAAAGAAGCGGGGGUGUAAAAGAGCCUGACUAGAGGUGAUCGUAGUCUGAUCAUCUUUGAAUCAUCUACAUGUGUGGUUGGUGUCAAAACUGAGCUUUAAUAUCAGUUCUUCGUAUUGUUGUUAGUAGUGUGUAUCACUGCAAUUUUUAAUUGGUACCAGUAGCCAUUGCUUCACCGUGAGAGUGCAGGACUUGACCAUAGAGGACUUUAAUACUCAUGCCAUCGCACAAAAUAAGUCCGAAUGUCGGACAUAAAUACUGGUACAAAAGAAUCAGAUUGUUUCCUGCGGCAUGGUGCAAUGAUUUCGUGACAUUGUGCGCCACAGACCAUGCCAUUAGUCUAAUUUAUUCACAUAGGUUGCCAUCCUGAAGUGGGUACAGGACAUCAUGUUGUUACCCUUGUCAAGUGCUGCACUCUAGCGGAGAAAUACAGUUUGUUGUGGUUCAAAAACUCAUUUUGGGGGUACGUUUUUUCAUGAAUUCUUUCAAUUUUAUUCAGGUAUCUAUUUAAAGAUCGUCCUAAAAAGCAGCAUUCUUUAUGUCAAAAAUGUGCAGCCUUGAUUUCUAUGCAUACUUUUGUAUCUAAUUAUCAUAUUGUGCGUUGGUUUCAGUGACAUUGGUAUUCUUUAUGCAAGUAUCAAUUCGUAUCUUGUACCCCCCUCUCCUCAAGGGUACGACACCUUAUCACCCUAUAACGACAUCUUAAGGCUCAAGCAUCACCCUUUUUUCACCAAUGCUACUUUUUCUUUCGUCAAGACGUCACCAUCAACAAUAUAUCAGUUGUCACCAUCAUAUAAAGUAACCGGACUAAUUUUACUGGGUAAGGCUGUAUGUUCGCCAAGACAUCGACACAUUAGCAUCCUUAUUCUUUCCAGCUUCGCCAAAUUUUCACUAAAGGAAAUAUAAACACUACUCAAGCAUCGGCAAAGAUUAGUGGUGAUAGCUUAACUACCCUUGAGGAGGGGGGGUACAAGAAACGAAUUGAUACUUGCAUUAAUUGGCCUGGGAUAACCCAUACUGGACUUCAAGCGGUAUUGCCUCAGUCCAUUCAGGCCAUCUUGACAUGGUUGUCGGGCAGCUGAGGAAUGUCAAUACAUUGAGGGUCAAGAUGAAGAUAACCUGGGGCCUAAUGUCCUUCCAAGGAACAUGUGCAAUGUCUAGGGUUCGAGAUGAAGAAUAGGCAAAAUAGUCCUACUCCUCAUAAUAAGGUUUUUUCACAUCGAGAGGCAGAGUAUUUUGAAAACGACUGGUUUUUAAGUAUCAAUACUUCUUGGAACUCACUUCCAAGCGUUUGUUGAAAACUGAGCGUUGUAACUAAACAAUUUGGUUGAUUUACUUCCGCAGUCACAAGACAAGAAGAAAGACAGAAUUGUUCCACAUUUCUGCUUGAUAUCAACGCAUGUUUAAGGGUUCGUGCAGUUAAAUUAUUCUCAAAUUUGUGAAAACUUCUCAUAAGUUUAGAUUAGACGACAUACUAUCCCCCCAAUGAAAUUGAGAAAUUACAACAAUAUUGCUGAUUUCCUGAGGAUUUGAUUGGUCAGUCUUUCUAUAUGGCUUUGUGGAGUGGAAAACAGUUCUGCGUCUGUUGUUGAUCUAUAGAAGUUUUCUCAAACUUUGUAACAUUUUUAAUUGCAGGUGAUCUUGAAGUGACUUCCACCUCUUGGUUCAUGCUUGUUUCUCUCAGGAGAAAAGUCAUCCUUCACCAUUUACUGCACAGAACACUUUGUUGAAUUUCAGUUUACAUUUGCAAUAUGAACCUCUAGCUGUAAGAGUCAAUCAUUUUAUUAAAUGGAAACGAUACAUUCAGGUUG